UGGUGUCAUGUGCAUAAUUACCCCACAAGAUCACCUCGACAAUAGCUUCUUCUCCUCCUAAUACUUCUCCCUCUCCUUUCUGAUCCUUCCGGAGGACGCUGGUCCCCUAUGCUGACGGAUGCCCUCCGCCAGUUUGCCUCUGCAUCGGUUCUACCGGCCCGCUCUACGCCGGCUACAUGCUGGCGGGCGGCUACUCCUGGCGUCUCUUCUUCUACGUCGAGUUUGCCUUUGGCUGCGCCCUGCUCAUCCUCGCCUUCUUCGUCGUCGAGGAGACCCUAUACCACCGCAAGCCGCCGGCGACGGAGCCAUCCGUCCAGGAGUCUUCGAGCUCCCAGCAGGACGAGAAGAACUCGGUGACCCACGCGGCCAUCGAGGACGUCGGCGCCCCGGCCGCCACCGGCACCGACCCGAUCCCGCCCCGCAAGACCUUCCUCCAGACGCUCAAGUUCUGGGGCGUCUACGACAAGGAUACAGAGUUCUUCCUGAUGAUUGCCCGGUCCUUUACAUACUUCCUGGUGCCUCAUGUGCUCUGGGUCAUUACCACUUACGGAAUCUAUAUCGGCCUCGGCGCCCUCACGUUCAACUACACGUUCCCACUCAAGAUCACGGCGCCGCCCUACGGCUGGUCGCAGACGUCGUCCGGCCUGAUCGCGCUGGCCUCGCUGCUGGGCUACCUGCUGGCGAUCCCCUUCACGGCGACGUCGGACCUGCUGGCGGCGCGGCUGACGCGGCGCAACAAGUCGAUCCGCGAGGCCGAGAUGCGGCUGGGCGUCAUGCUGCCCGUCGUGCUGCUGUCGCCGGCGGGGCUCAUCGUCUACGGGUUCGCGGCCGAGCGGAACCUGCACUGGGUCGCCUACUUUGCCGGCGUGACCAUGAACCAGUUCGCCAGCUACUUCUUCUUCACCUUCACCCUCGCCUACGCCAUCGACAGCUACACGGCCAACAUCAGCGAGAUGCUCAUCGCCAUGAACCUCGGCAAGCAGGCCAUCUCGUUCGGCAUGGGCCUCGACCUGCUCGACUGGGUCCUCCAGCACGGAUACGCCGUCAUGAUCGCCGGCGUCUUCUGCGCCGUCGUCCUCGUCAACAACCUGGCCCUCGUCGUCUUUAUGCUGUGGGGGAAGAGGAUCCGCCGCUUCAUGGCGACGACCUGGUUGGCGAGGGUGCAUAGGGCGAGUGUCAAGGAGAUUGCUACGCAUUGAUCACCUGAGCGAUGGACCAUGGGAUCGGCCACCAAGAGGGGGGGAGUACGGGUGCUUGGUUUCUGCCUGCCUGUGAUAGAUUCAGACAAAAAAAAGGGGGUGAUAUUUGGGUUAAUUAAUGUCGGAUUUUCGAGCUCAUGAGCCUUGCGAAGUGGGAACCUCGCCGUCCCGAGAGUACGAUGAGAGUGUGUCAUAAUAUCAAUCAUUUCAUGACCUAAAUAAUUAUCCACGUGUAAAGAGUUAAUAAGGCCUUCUACAACCCUUCAUCGCAUCCCUACCAAGCAAUC